AUGCGUGCCUGGCCCCGGUGCCCGCUGGUCGAGGACAGCUUCAGCCGCCUCCGCUCCCAGAGCAACGUCUACGGGCUGGCGGCGCUGCCGGGCCCGCCCGGUACCGGCCCCGGUUCCCGCUCCUGGUUCCGUUCCCGGUUCCGCCCCGGUUCUGGACCCCGGUCCCGGUUCGUUUCCCGGUUCGGGUUCCGGUUCCAGUCCGGAUCCCGGUUUGGGUUCGGGUCCCGGUUCGGGUUCGGGUUCGUGUCCCGGUCCCGGUUCCGUUCCCGGUUCCGGUCCCGGUCCCGGUUCCGGUUCGUGUCCCGGUUCCGGUCCGUGUCCCGUUUCCGGUUCGGGUUCCGGUUCCUGUCCCGGUUCCGUUUCCGGUCCCGGUUCCGGUCCGUGUCCCGUUUCCGGUUCCGGUCCCGGUUCCGGUCCGUGUCCCGGUCCCGGUUCCGGUCCGUGUCCCGUUCCCGGUCCCGGUUCCGGUUCCGGUUCGUUUCCCGUUCCGGUUCCGGUUCCGGUCCGUGUCCCGGUCCGUGUCCCGUUCCCGGUUCCGGUUCCGGUUCCGGUUCGGGCCCGGGCGCGCUGCUGGCGGCGGCGCUGAAGGGGAAGGUUUCUCUGUUCCGGUACCGGCAGCUGCGGCCGCGGCUCCGCCCCAUGGCCCGGGAGCUGCAGUUCACCUACAUCCCCGUGGACGCCGAGAUCGUUUCCAUCGAUUCCUUCCCCAAAUCCCCCCCCCAGCGCGGCCUCGUGGUGGGCAUCACCUUCAUCAAGGACUCGGGGGACAAGCCCAGCCCCUUCCUCAACAUCUACUGCGACUACGAGCCCGGCUGCGAGUUCGACCUCGACUCCGUGGCCCAGAGCUGCGUGAACCUGGAGCUUCGCUUCACCCCCUUCCAGUUGUGCCACGCCCAAGUCCGUGUGGGGGAGCACCUGGAGACCGUUUUCCUGCUGAGUGGGAAUGACCCGGCCAUCCACCUGUACAGAGAGAACCCCGGCUCGCACCAGUUCGAGGAGCAGCCGAUCCAGCUGCUCUUCCCGGAGCUGCAGGACGUUCCCAGCACGGUGCUCUGGCUGGAUGUCCGCCCCCUGCCCGGCUCCGGCCAUCGGCUCUCGGCUCUGGGCUGCCACAGCGGCUUCGUGCGGGCGGCGCGUGUUCAUGAGGGCUCGGGAGCGGUGCUGCAGAGCUGGAGCGUGCAGCAGGACGGGCCCAUCUCGGCCGUGCUGCUCUUCCCGCUGCCCUCGGACGGCGACGAAGACCCCGAGGAUUCCUGGAGCCUCCUGGUGAGCAGCGCCCUGGAGGCGGCCGUGGUUUAUCGGCGGCUGCUGCGCCGGGGCCUGGCGGCGCCGCUGGAGCUCCCCGGCAGCCGCGGCUCCGACGCCGUCGUUUGUGCCAAAGUCGCCGACGUCGACUUCGACGGCGCCGCCGAAAUCCUGCUGGGCACCUACGGCCAGGAGCUGCUGUGUUACAAAUAUUUUGGGGCCAAUUCGGGCGAUUUUGGGCAAUUUCUGCCGCUCUGGGCCCGGCGCUUCCCCUCCCCCCUGCUGGCGCUGGAGCCGCUGGACCUGACGGGGGAUGGGCUGCAGGAGCUCGCCGUGGUCUGCCUGGGGGGGCUGCACGUGCUCCAGCACAGCCUGGAGCCGACGGCGCGGCUGCUGCGGGAGCGGCUGCGGAGGGAAGUGCAGCACAAACGGGGCAAAAAAACGGAAAAACGGGAAAAAACGCCGGAAAAACGGGAAAAAACGCAAGAAAUUUGGGGGAAAAACCCGGAAAAUUGGGAAAAAAAUCCGGAAAAAUGGGAAGAAACCACAGAGAAACGGGAAAAA